AAAGAAAGAACAAAAAUUCUACAAUCUCUGAGAAAAAGAAAUGGAGAACACAGUUUCUCUACUAGAAACCCUAAUUCGCAAAGGAUGGUGUUUCAGAAACAUUGAAGAAAUCAGUUCUCAAAUCCAUAAUCAUAUCUCUACAGUAAACAAUAGGGUUUCUGCUGAUUCUAUUGAAUCGGAGCUUCUUUUAAACAUGGAUUUAAAGAUCAUUGGAGGUAAAUCUUUACCUGAUGACAGAAAAAGUUCUUAUCUUCAUGGCCGUAGAGUUUUACAGAUAGUUUCAGUAAGAGAUAUCUAUCAGAGUAAUAUUGAAGCUUCUUCGGGAACUUCAGGGAGUAAGCGUCUUCUUCGAUUAGGUCUUACAGAUGGAUACUCACAAAUUGUUGGUAUCGAGUACUCUCAAGUGCCUUCAAUACAUGGUGAUAUAGUUCCUGGGACUAAGGUUCUUCUGGAUAAUAAAGUAGUGAUGCGUAACGGAAUAUUAUGUUUGAAUCCGAAAGUGGUAACUGUAUUAGGUGGUGUUGUUCAAUCCCUUUAUGAAGAAUGGGAGAUGAGUCGGAAAUACUCAGGUUUUUCGCGUUCGUCCGUAAAGCAGUCUCAGAAAAGUGGUGAUGACGGUCCUCCGGCAUUUGAGAAGUUGCAAAUUGGGUCACGCCCACAUCAAUUUGCUCAACAACGUAGUUCGUCUGAGUCAAUCUUGAAAUCUCAUGUGGCUAGUGCAGUGAAAUUGAGUGAAGGUUCUGAUUCUAGAGAACUGGGAAGAAACCAGACCCUCAAUUUGAAGCAAGAGGGAGGGCGUUCUGAUGUGGGGACAACUCCAAUCACUGGAAAAACUGGUGAUAAACCAAGUAGCUCUGUAUCCAGGCCAAAAGAAGUUGUUGAAGCUGUUCCUGUUCAAAAUCAAGCUGCUGCACAAAAACUUCUACAGAAAAUGAGUCAGCCGCCAACUCGAGGGGAUCGAAACUUCAGAGGUCCAAGACAUAAAGGGAAAGGUAGAGAAGAAGAGCAAGCUGUUUUGACUCUUGAUGAAUGGGAGAGAAGAAAAGGUGGUGUGAAGCCUUUAGUUCAAAAUGAGUUUCACGACAUUAGCAAGGAUGAGGAGCUCGCUCGGCAACUGCAAAAUCAAUUGGAUCUGGAAGAUAUCCAUGCACGAGAAGCCCCAAUGUCUGAAGCAGAGAAGAUUCGGAUGAGCAUGUUCAGUUUUGAAAGGGAGGAAGAUGGAAGAGACCCUGGUAGAAUGGGAUCCAGAGGAAGGGGGAGAGGAAGAGGUGGCAAGGGAAGGGGCAGGGGAAAGAGGGAGUUUGGAUAAUAAGCUGCUAGUGACAAGGUCCAUCCAGAGCCGUCUUACGGACUAGGCCAGCUACGCUGUUGCCUAGAGCCUCAAAUUGUUGAGGCCCAAAAAUUUUAAUUUUUGUUUUUGUUAUUAUUUUAUCAUGGAAGUAGUGUUGUGACGUAGUGUCUACCAUUAUGUUUGUUGAUAGUCGUACUUUCUAGCUGUGAAAUCCUAGCUGUUAAAUCCGUUUGUUGUGUAACUAGUGCCAACCCUUUUAUAUAAGAAAAUUAGAAUUCACUGCAUCGA